CUCGGCCAUUCAUUUACGUUUGGAUAAGAUAAUCAGCCGUUAGAAAUAUACCAAUAAGAGAAACAUAAAACAUCCAAUAUAGCUUAAGAAAUCACCAUGAACGCUCUUCUUUGUUCACAAAUAUCACCCUUCUGCCUAGCAAAACUACAUUCUCCAUGGAAACCAAAACCCCUUUCUCUCCUCGCACCAAACUUGCAAAACCUAAAAGACCCAUCAAGAAAAUGGAAACUUGAAGCAAAUGCCAAAGGUUUUUCCAGCAGAAAACCUCCUACUGUAAAAGAAAGCACCCAAAAUAUAAAUCAGAACAUCAAUGAGGAUGAUGAAAUACCAAAGGAGGUGUCUAACAGGAUAAUCAUUAGAAUCUUGGUUUCAGUUGGAUUACCUAUGGCUGUUGGCUUAGCUUUCUUGAAUUUUUUUGAAGUGGUUAAAGAACAAGGCCUAUUUGAUGUGCCUGUUUGGAUUCCAUUUUUGACAACUUUCGUCACUUUCGGGGCAUCCGCGCUUGGAAUUGCUUAUGGGGCUUUAUCUACAAGUUGGGAUGCUAACAAGAAGGGUUCAUUGCUAGGGCUUGAAGAGGCUCAGCAGAAUUGGGUUGAGAUGUGGAAGGAAGAAGACGAUAGCAACUAAUAGUUAAAUUAAAAAAUUUGUAUUUUUAUGAACUUUAAUCAUUAGUGUGACACGUGUACUGAAUUACUACCAAACUUGAGUCAAUCCAUAAAUGUUUAAAUAUUUUGUUGUAAUGAUAACCAGUCCACAGACUCAUUUUUUA